AUGACGGACGCAAAAUCCAGUAAUCUGUCACAAUCUGUUACAGAGACUUGUGAGCAAACGCUAACCGUCCACAAGUCAAAAUCGCCAUCGAGAACCAAAACGAAUCCAUCAGCCAAGCGACAAAGAGAAGAAGAUGAUGAUUCCACCUCUGAAUGUGAAUCUCAGCCACGAAAAGCACCAUCUCCUGUACAUUACCAAGAUACAACAUUUAGUGAUAAAAACGCCAUGUAUUAUAGUUUUUCUUCUUCUUCUUCAUCGUCGAAAGACCAACGUUCUGAGUCUACACAAGUGAAUCCUGUCCAACAACGACUUAAGCAGGUCUUAGUAGAACGUGAAUUGGGCGAUGAAGAUGAACAGAAACGAAAAUUAGCAGCCGCAAAAGAAGCUCUUUUUCCACAUGCACUUGCCACAUCUUUCAAUGAAGUUGCCGACACGUUACGAAACGAACGACGACAAGAAUUUUGUCCGAUCUACAAAGAUGAAACACCCGAACAAGUUGCUUUACGUCUAGCAAAGAGAAAACCGGUCGGAAGCUUACUAGCGAAACGCAUACGUUGGGACGAAUUAAAACGACGACGAGAGGAGGAAGAACGCAAAGCACAAAUGUUCUCCUACUCCGAACCUUACGGAUCUGCCUAUGAUAAUCAAUCAUCAUUCAGUAAUCCCUAUGAACAAUACUAUGCCACAAUACAAAAUCAAUAUGAUAUGAUGGCCAAGAUGAAUCACGCUCAGCAAGAAUAUAGCGGAUUCUGGCCGGAGCAUCAGCAGAACUACUACCAGAAUAACGAUCAAGUGGUGCAUAACUCUGUCCAGUAUCAAGCACCGCCUUAUACAUAUCCGUAUUCAUCGAUGAAUGCUAAUUUUUCAUCGGCUGAUUAUUAUUAUCUGCAGCAACAACCACCACCUCCACCACCAGACGAGCCUUAG